CUUUGGUCCGCAGGCAGACGCUCUAUCCACUGAGCCACACCUGCCUGGGCCCCCUGGAGGUUCUGAGGCCCAGUGCUGUCGCUCCCCUUGGAGGUCAUGACCCUGGCUGAGCAGUGCCUCUCCUGCCCUGUUGUGAGGUGUCAAUACGGUGACGGACAGAACAUCUUAACAUUGCGGACCAGUAGUUUCAUUGCUAGCGUUACCCAGUGGCCAGGAAAGUUUCUAUUGAACGAGUACAAAAAACGUUUUACCUAAUUGUUAAAGGCAGGCUUUAAAGUUAAAUGCCCGUUGCAUUUUGAAGUCAUUUAUUAAAUGUUCUCACAAGCUAAUACCUUUUGAAAGUAGGAUACUUUGUAAAACACUUUGUGACACGAAGCGAGAAUUCUCCUAUCGCCGCGACGCGCUCAGAACAGGUUUCUUUCUGGGGUUUGUCCGACUCCAGUUGCUGGCUUGGCACCGCAGGUUGUGCGCAUUCUUGGCUGUUUCCCUGGUCCUCGGGCGCGUGUUCCCACGUGAGUGGGUAAACCCGCUGGUUCUGACGGGGGCACAGGGCUGCCCUUUGGGGGUGCCUGGCUGGGCCAGGAUUCUGUUUCUGAGGCUCAGUCUUCCCACCCUUCUUACCACCCCCCAGCCCAUAUGGUUGGGAAUGAGCUGGGCUGUGUGGGUGAGGAGAGAAGGGGCAGCAGCUUCCUGUUCUCCCCGCAGGCCGAGAAGGUGUUCAUGGUGGCUCGAGGGCUUGUCCGCGAGGCUCAGGAGCAGUUGGAAGUGCAGCAGGCCAAGCUGAAGGAGGUGAGGGACCGCCUGGACCGCAUCUCCAAGGAGGACAGCCAGUACCUGGAGCUGGCUACCCUGGAGCACCGCAUGCUGCAGGAGGAGAAGAGGCUGCGCACAGCCUACCUGCGGGCCGAAGACUCCGAGCGGGAAAAGUUCUCCCUCUUCUCCGCGGCCGUGCGGGAAAGCCACGAGAAGGAGCGCACGCGGGCCGAGAGGACCAAGAACUGGUCCCUCAUCGGGUCGGUCCUGGGGGCCCUGAUCGGCGUGGCCGGCUCCACCUACGUGAACCGCGUGCGGCUGCAGGAGCUGAAGGCCCUCCUGCUGGAGGCCCAGAAGGGGCCCGUGAGCCUCCAGGAGGCCAUUCGGGAACAGGCGUCCAGCUACUCCCUCCAGCACCGGGACCUGCACGACCUCAUAGCGGACCUGAGGGGCCUGGUCCAGGCUGAGCCGGGGCCAAGCUCUGGGGCCCAGGCAGGGACCCCCACCCGGGACAGUGACGCAGACGUCCUCUCAGCCGCCCUGAGAGAGCAGCUCAGCCACUCCCGGCAGGUCCGUUCCUGUCUGGAGGGUUUGCGAGAGCAGCUCGACCGCCUGGAGAAGACUUUCGGCCAAGUGGCCGGGGUGGUGCAGCUUGCGAAGGCCGCCGACCCGGCUCCGCCUGGCUCUGCGCUGGAGCCGGGGGGCCUGGUCUUGGUGCUGCCGGACAUGGAGCAGCGGCUGGAAGCCCAGGUCAACAGGAACACCAUCUACAGCACACUGGUCACCUGCCUGACGAUCGUGGCCACCAUGCCAAUGCUCUACAUGCUGUUCAGGGCCAGCUAGCCCGGACCGGCUCCGAGGGCCUCGCUGGCUGGUGUGGAUGCAGUAGAGGGUCCUGGUGGGGAAGUGAAUCUCGGGGGACACACGCCACCACAGCCUGAGCCGGGUACCGCCUGUGUGGUGCGUGGCAGACGGACACGUUUCCUUCUUGGGCAGUGCUCAUCUACAUUAAUUAUGAAAACUUUGUGCUAACAGCUCAUUAACAUGUCUUUGAGUUUAUGUUAUUUAAAGUAAUUUAUAUCAA